CUGCAGUGUAUUUGGCUCACUAGUCACAGCUUUCCCGAAAAUGUCAAACUUUCAAUUCGGAGCCCACGCUCUUCAGGCCUCCCAGGUGUUCUUUCAAACGAGACUCUCGUUCGCCUUUGUCAACAGGAAACCCGUGGUUCCGGGUCAUGUGCUGGUGUCGCCGCGGCGUGUUGCUCCCAGGUUCUGUGACCUGACUGCCGAAGAGGUGUCAGACCUGUUUCUCACGUCACAACGCGUUGCCCGUGUCGUCGAGAAGGAGUACAAUGGAACAUCCCUGACUGUCUCCGUGCAGGAUGGCCCAGAUGCAGGACAAUCUGUGCCGCAUGUUCACGUGCACAUAUUGCCUCGAAAGGCAGGUGAUUUCAAGCGCAAUGAUGACAUUUACACAGAGCUGGAGGGGCAUGAUAAGACGCCGAGCACAGAUGUGUUCCGUAGCAUUGAUGACAUGGCUGCCGAGAGCACGCGCCUAGAAGGACUAUUCAUCGGUGACAGCUGAUGCUGGUGCAGGUGCAGGACAAUCAUCAUUCUCAUUAUUUUUAUUUAUCUCCACAUUGACUAUUCACAUUAUUUUUUAUUUAUUUAAGGCUGCGUUCGUUUUUAGCCACCUGGUAGAGGUAAAUGCACGGACGCUGUUCUACCGGAUUAAGUAGUUUUUCACGAUAUGUACGUGAAAUGUUUUCUCUUCUGUAUGGAGUUGUGUGCAACUCCUUCAUCUUGCUGGAAAUCCCGUACUAGUACCUACUACCUCUACCAACUUCUACCGGCUUCUACCAACUUUUCCUGGCAGAGCCGGUAGAGGAAAAUAGAACCUACCCAUUUGAGUAGGAAAAAACAAACACCUCUACCGAAAAAAGUAGUUUCUACCCAAACCUAUAGAUGAAAAACGAACGCCCCUAACGACAUUAGAGCCGGGAGGUUUCGCUCUACGGAAUUACGUAUGAAAAUAACAUAGGAACUGCACGUAAUUUUCGUACGUAAAAAUCAGUGCUGUUGGGACUCUC